ACAAUGCAAAAAAAUAUCAAACUCCACUUUGUACACGUCAUAUAGUUCAAAGUUCCUUUCUUCCUACCACAUUUGCAGCCAUGAAAAUCUUGAAAAUAUUUUUUGUUAUUUCUGCUAUACUUGGUUGUUUCUCAUGGCCUAGUAUGCAGAGUGAUUUGGAGACGUACAUAGUUCAAGUCGAAUCACCAGAAACCCAAAUGUCCACUCAAUCGUCAAGAAUAGAUUUGGAGGGCUGGUACAAAACUUUCUUGCCAAAUACCAUAACAGCCGCUGGCUCACAAGAAGGGUCGCGGUUGAUAUAUUCGUACCACAAUGUGAUGAAAGGCUUUGCAGCAAGAUUAUCAGCAGAACAAGUGAAGGAAAUGGAGAAGAAACCGGGUUUUAUAUCAGCGUGGCCUCAGAGGAAAUUGAUCUUGCACACUACACAUUCUCCGAGUUUUCUUGGAUUGCAACAGAACAUUGGAUUGUGGAAGGAUGCCAACUAUGGAAAAGGUGUGAUCAUUGGAGUCUUGGACACUGGGAUUUUCCCUGACCAUCCUUCAUUUAGCGACGAAGGGAUGCCUCCUCCGCCUGCUAAAUGGAAGGGCAAGUGUGAAUCGGACUUCACAACAAAGUGUAACAACAAGCUCAUUGGUGCGAGGACUUACCCAACAUUCAGUGAUUCACCGAUAGAUGAUAAUGGACAUGGUACACACACUGCCAGCACAGCUGCGGGAAGUUUUGUGAAAGGUGCCAAUGUGUAUGAGAAUGCUAAAGGCACUGCGGUUGGGAUUGCCCCUCUUGCUCACCUGGCCAUUUAUAAGGUUUGUGAUUCAUCUGGUUGCGCUGACAGUGACCUUCUAGCGGCCAUCGAUGCAGCUAUUGAUGAUGGAGUAGAUAUCUUGUCCAUUUCCAUUGGUAGUAAUAGCAGGUCAUUCUAUGAUGAUCCCAUUGCUCUCGGGGCGUUUAGUGCAGCAAAAAGAGGUAUUCUUGUAAGUUGUUCUGCCGGUAAUAGUGGUCCAUCCGAUAGCAGCUUAUCAAAUGAAGCUCCAUGGAUUCUAACAGUAGGUGCAAGCACUGUUGACAGGAAACUCAAGGCCACAGUUAAGCUCGGAAACCAAAAAUUAUUCGAGGGCGAAUCAGCAUUUCAUUCAAAGGGUCACAAUUCAGCAUUUUACCCUUUGUUUGAUCCUUCACGAAAUGCAACUGACUUUGAUAGCCCUUAUUGCGGACCAGGUACUCCGACUGACCCUAAAAUUAAAGGCAAAAUUGUUGUGUCCAUGGCAGGUGGUGGUUUUCCCAGAAUUGUAAAAGGACAAGCUGUAAAGGAUGCCGGAGGUGUUGGCAUGAUUAUUGUUAGUACCGCUGAUGAUGGUUUCACUAGACCUGCUGAUGCACACGUCCUACCAGCUUUGUAUAUUACCAAUAAAGAUGGAAUGGAAACUCUUCACUACAUGAACACAACGUCAAAACCAAUUGCAGUAAUUACAUUCCAAGGAACAAUAAUUGGAGAUAAAAAUGCUCCGAUAGUUGCUGCAUUUUCUUCUCGCGGACCAAGCUUCUCUAGUCCUGGAAUCUUGAAGCCAGAUAUUGUUGGCCCCGGUGUUAACAUUCUUGCUGCUUGGCCUACCACCGUUGACAACAAAACAAACACAAAGUCUACCUUCAACAUUAUAUCAGGCACCUCCAUGUCUUGUCCUCACCUCAGUGGAGUAGCAGCUUUGUUGAAAAGCACACACCCGACUUGGUCCCCUGCGGCUAUUAAAUCAGCAAUCAUGACAUGCGCUAAUACAGUAAACCUCGCCAACACUCCCAUGUUAGAUGAGAGGCUCCUUCCAGCAAGCAUCUUCGCCGUUGGUGCAGGACAUGUCAAUCCAUCACGAGCUAAUGAUCCAGGACUAAUUUAUGACACCCAAUUUAAGGACUACCUACCUUACCUGUGCGGUUUGAAUUACACAAGUCGACAAGUGGGAAUAAUACUGCAACGCAGAGUGGAUUGCAAGCAAGUGAAAGGUAUUCCUGAAGCGCAACUAAAUUAUCCUUCUUUCUCCAUCACACUCGGAGAAAACUCUCACUCUCAGACAUAUACCAGAACAGUGACUAAUGUUGGCGACGUUGUAUCAUCUUACAACGUGGAAAUAGCUUCACCACCCGGAGUCUCCGUGAUUGUCAAGCCCUCUACUCUGAAAUUCUCAAAGUUGAAUCAGAAGUUGACAUACCAAGCAACAUUUUCAAGAAAAUAUAAUAGCUCAAACAGUGGUACUGUUCAAGGAUUCUUGAAAUGGACUAGUAAGAAGUACUCCGUAAGAAGCCCAAUUGCAGUUGUGCUACCACCUGGUUUCUAGUUUUAUUCGUCAGUAUUCGAUUAAUAGUUACAAUUCCAAAACUGUUCAUGUAAGUUGUGGUUUUUCUUGUUUUUCAUAAUUAUUAUUUUUUGUGUAGUAUUAUAUUUCACAUAGUAAUAUUGUUGUUUAUAAAAGUAAGGAUUGAUUCAAGUUAAUAAGAUGUUAACCAUGUGUUUUCAAUACAUUACCUUGGAUGUUAUUGUAAACAUAUUAUUUAUAUGUAAACAUAUUAUUUAUUAUUAUAAAGAUUUGAGUAGUUUAAUUCAAAGUUUCAAAAUAUUUCUAUUGAAUGAUGAUAUUUUUUUAUAUUGUCAAAAAGAAAAGAAAAUCAUAAAAUUAACAAUUAAAAAUUUUGAGGCCUUGAGAUUUUGGGGGACUAAAGCAAAGGCUUUACUAGCUUCACACCCGAGCCACCUUGUACAUAGACCAUACAAGUAGAUGAAGAACCCCUUAUCUCACCGAUGAUGGACUCCAAUACCCCUGUCCCCCACCCCCACGCGCACACAAAAAAAAAUUUAGACAUCUGCAGAAUGGAC